AUGAAGGACAUCGUCGUCGCCGUCUUCCCCGUCCCCGGAGGCCCUAGAAUCCAACCCAAACACCCGGCCUUGCACACCCUGUCGUCAGCUUGUGCCGAGCUGAUUGAAUCAAGAAACGAUCCAUCGACACAGAAGAGCUUGUUCGCCUCUCUGUGCCCAACCAGAUCACGAUUCAAGGCCCUCUCCUUUGUCGAGCUUCUCCUUUUGUGCUCGGAGAGGUAUGAGCCUGCAUCGCAAGAUCAGACAUUGGGUGGGUCGGCGCUGCAGGAGGGCCCUUUCGCGCUGCUCUACUCGUCCGGAAACAUCGUCAGCAGCGUCAUCACCAUCGAGCCCUCAGCGGCGCUUGUCAUCGACGGGGGCUUGACGAUCGACAUCCCCAUUGACGGGAGCAAGGAGAUGUGCAGCCAGAUCUUGCAGAACGUGCAGAUGGUGGUUGUGUCGGACCUGCUCAACUUCAACGCGACUCCGGAGGGCCUUGGGAACUGCUCGAUGGGAUCUGUAGGGAACUGCUCGUGCGCAGCGACGAUCUAUCACUUCAGCACCUACGCUGUUGCCAAUGCCUACUACACGUCCCCGACGACGGACUCGGGCACGACCAACACCAACUCACCGGGGAGCGAUACGACGACGACGACGACGACGACGACGAGCACUGAGGACAGCGGAUCGCUGAAGAAUGGCUCGCCUGCAACGACGAGCUUCAAGGUGAAGCGCAAGACUGGUGGCGAGGCAGAGCUGACGAAUGUGCAGGGGAUGAUGUUGCUGAGUGUUAUGAUGAGCUUGGGGGCGAUGCGUGUAUAUAAGUAA